AUGAUUCACAGCAUCAUCACAGCAUCAUACUCUGUCUCUGACAUCUGCCACUAUAUACACGUGGCCUGGAUUGGGGAAAGUGAUGAGGAGGGGUCUGGGGUUCUAGACACAAGUGUGUACAAGGGAAUGGGGUGAAAUCCUACUCUAAAAAAAUAUAUCUACGGCUGCGGAUUUAGAUCAAUCUGGGAUUUAUACUGGCCCCAUCCCAAAGGCACGCUUCUAGGGGGAGGGGAGUUUUGUGGAGCGCAGGCCAUGUGUGGACCCCAGGGGGUGGCGGACUGGGAGGGAGUGGUGAGGGGCCUGCUGCCCUGUCGUCUAUCAGAGAGUGUCCCCCUUUGAGAUUAGUGCUUAAUCACUAGGCCAGACGAGGUGCAGAGACAACACAACACUGCCAGGCACCCGGUUGCAGGCACAGGCGCACAGGCUCUCAGGCUCUGGCCCAGGUGUUGUUAAUGGAAUUGAAGCAUGUUUACAGAGUGGCAGUCCUACGGUCUUGUCACCAAAUGGAGUGUCAUUGUUUUACAUGGCCUCUGUAUGUCUGCUUUAAAUGAAGCAUACUCUGAAGAUUAACACAGUCAUUGGAAAUAUGCAGGCUGACAUCCAACUCAUAAAUAUUUAUUGACAUUUAAAUGUGUUUAUGCUAUCUACUCUAAUCUCUUCUCCCUUACUGCUUGUUAGUUUCUCAAUGUAAAGAGGUCCUUCCAGUUGUUCUCUAUCCUUGCCUUUUGGGUCUAGCUUGUCUUUGUCCUCCCCUUCCCUCUCAUGAAGGAGCCAAGCUGUUGCUGGCUGCUAAACAGUUUUAUCAUCGGUUCUCGGCCCUGCAAUAAAUAAAGUGAAUAUUUACUCUUCCUGGAAUGUGUAACCAGAUAUUCCACUGAAUGCAUUUCGGAAAAAACUCAGCAUGUAUCUGGCUCUGCAUGAGACUCAAACCUAUGUGGAACAGAUCCACAUAGUUUGAGGAUGUUCCGGAGCUCUUAAAUAUUGAUUGAUGUUGUGGGUGUUGACUGUUGACCGUUCAGGCAUCAACAUGUUUUACUGCAGAUUCACCAGUUAUGCUCAGCCUUCCGCCAUGAUAUUACUGUUACCUGUGUGCUUUCUCCUCAGGUACGUCCCAGGGUGUGGAGGCGGUGGUCCGAGCCAGGGUUGGGGGGACUGCAGAGCUAGGUUGCAGUCUUACCCCCCCUUCUACAGGAGCCACCACCCCAAACUUGUUCCCACUGCACGUGGUGGAGUGGGUUCGUCUGGGUUACAAUGUUCCCAUCCUCAUCAAAUUCGGAGUGUACGCGCCACGCCUGCAUCCCAACUACAAGGGUGAGUCCUCUUGUCUCAGAUCUAUGUCUUAUCACUGCUUCUUUCAAAUUACGCAAUGCAUAGGAAAUACACUGUGGUAAUUGCAUGGCUAAACAUUUGAACCUGUUGGUUCUCACUUUGAGUCCUGGUGCAAUUGAAUCUUUUGUCCUGUUGGUUUAUUGGGAGCCAUUUGCCUGCAUACAACACCCCAGUGCCGUCUCUACAUUCCUCAGUGUUUUUAACGGUGCAUCGAAUGGGAGAAGGACAAAGGAGAGUUUAACCUCAAGACAAGGACCUGAAAAAGACGGAUUUCUCUGACUAUAACUGAAGAGAUUCUGUGCAAUAAGGUCACAUUAUCUUAAAACAACUUUCAAUUACCUUCCUUUGAUCCUUUCUUUCCCCUCAUGAGUAGCUGGCUGGGAAUGUGCUUUAAGUACAGCUGUUUUGUUUUGAGUGGGGGUGGGGAAGGGGGCUACACUGGUAUUUAUGAAUGCUGUGGGGUUUCAGUGGUGAGAAUACCCCAAAUAGGUAAUCCACCCAAACAAGAGCCCUGUAAUUACGCUGUGUGUGUGGUAGGGCAGCCAUAGUGCCGGGGCAGGAGACUGGGACUGGGACAGGGCCUGGGCGAGGACGGAAAUAUGUUAAUGGCUUCAGUCAGGGGGGUGGGAUGACAGACGGGGCUGUGUGUGGGUGUGUGCACGUGCAUGUGUGUGUGUUUGUGUGUGCAUGCUUGUGUGUGUGUGUGAGAGUGGGGGGGGGGGGGGGGGGGGGUGGAGUAAAAGAGAGUAAGGUUAAAUUGAGGCAGGCUUGGGUGGGGUGGGGGCUGGUGGUCCCAGUAAAGAAGUUUUUUAUUGGUAUUCAGAGGGGUGACCCAGUAAAGAAGUUGCUUUGCUGUAAGGAGAAUGAAUGAAGUGUAUGGAAUAAUAGAGUUUUCUUGCCUAGAGUACCAUAAUCCAGUCAUUGUCUCUCAGAGAACAAAAGACAAACGGCUAUAUCACAUCCACCCCUUCCUCUGACGAGCCCACGCCAAUACUUGUGCCUCCAAAAUCCCAUAUUCUCUCAUCUAGGUCACUGAAUCUGUCAGGAAGCCUUUCAAGUCCACCUACAGUUGGUUUUCACUUAAAAACUAUCAGUAGAUGAUUUCACCUAUCACACUAAAGAUCAAAUGGACCCUGGUAUUCACUGGACACCAACCAGGCUCUGACCAUUCAGGAAUGGCCUGAAGAGCACUGGCCAACAGAUGUCUGGCUGUCUGUCUGAUCCACCCAUAGACCCCAGUGUUAUUGUUUUAAGGCAAUCAUGUGAUGCACCAUAACCCAGAAUUCAUCACUGAGGCUAUGGGGGUAAAAACAACAGAAAAGUAACAACAACAAUCUAACGGUUUGUUAGAAAUAAAAAAGGACUUGGUUUUGAUGAGGGAUAUUCUCCCUCUCUGUGUGUCUGGGGUCUGCUUAACCCCUGUCUGCCUCAUAUCCUCUCAGCUCCCCUCCUUCUGGAGGCAGAUGGCAACAUGUGAAGCGUAUCAGCACUGCGUAUCUAAUGUAUUCUACCAUCAAAUUAAAAUGUAUGGGGGAUUUCAUAUUGAACCCCAGCCCCACCUCACUAGACAGUAUGAAACACAACCACUUCCUGAUCUUUGUCUCUAGAUGUCUAUGUUCAGGGACAAACAAGCACAACUUCUUAGUCAUAGGAAGAAAUGCCUCACUUUUUUUCAACCUUAUUUAGAGCCUAUAAGACUGCUCUGUCACCUCUGUCUCUCAUGUACAAUCUUGCACUGACGCCAUCCGCCAGUCUAGUAGUGUCUCAUGAAAGAAUGAGAGGAAGCGUUAUCUUGGAUGGGGGCAUAAUAAAGUAAUAUGUUUAAUCUCUAAUUGUUCAGAUAGGAUAUCAGGUGUAUUUCAGAUUACAGUGAGUGCUUGAGGAGUGCGUGCUGUGUCUGUGUCUGUGCCACAGAGUAAUGCCCUUCUGUUGACCCCAUUAGAGGCCAAUCGCUCUGAAACAGACAGAUUACUUGUGCAGGCUGCUGUGCAAAUAUUUUAUUUCUGGAGAGAAUCAGAAACCAUUUUGAAGGAGGCUGCCCAGUGCCACAUCCUUCUUCCUCCAUGUCUCUUUUCUAAACAAGCCCUGGAGGGCUGAACAUCAAUCACAUGACAACACAGAGGAAGAGACAAAUAAAAAGUGACUGAAAUACUUAAGUGCAGUCAAUUGACUGGUGAAGUCUGUUCGAGUUGUGCUUUUUGAGGAAAUUUGUUAGUCCAGGCUGGCCUGUGAGUCUCCCUGCACUGGCCACGCUGUCAGGGGCACUUACUCUAAAAAGGGUAGAUCAAAUGUGUCCUCUCUGCUGAAGUAAAUUAGUGGAGACGGUAUGGAGGGCACACCCUCCUCGGGGUAGAACGACAGCAGCAAAACCCCAGACUCAGCCCAGCAGGCCCCCAUCAUUCUGUCUCAGUGUGAGCCCUGAACACUGGGGGAGUCAUGGCCUUGUUUCGCCCUUAUACAAAUACACACAUUAAAGAACCUCAAUUAAUCAGCCUUGUUCCUCCACCCAUCUUUUAGUUGGAAUUGACAUUUUCCGUUGGUCAACAACGCCUUACUAAACAUGACCGUAUUUCACCAACUCAGCCAGGAGAUCGCCAAACAGAGAGGUGGCAGCUGAGCCUGACCCACAUGAUCCAGCAGCAAUCUGUAUUUCUGCUAAAACUGGACCAGGGAGAUGUUUGCCAAACAGUGACACAAUAUGAGAAGAAUGCAGGCUAGACCCGUGGAUCUCAUGUUCUCCAGCUCUGAGGUUCUCCGUCAGGACAAAGGCUCUGUUACUUAAUCUCACAGCGCUGUAGGUGUGUCCCAUGGGCCCGGAAUCAGAGCAGGGGAAUGAGCUCAGGCUCAGUAUUGUGCUGCCUGGGAGCUUUUGUGUGAAAUCCUUCUCUAAGGCCCAAGCACUGCCUGGGAGGUUCUACCUUAUCCCAGACCUGUCCCAGACCUGGCUUGAGUUUCACACAGGAGAAGAGAGGAGCUUUGGUUGAGCCAGGCGUCUGUUACCUACAGAUAUAGGAUCUUAAUUUGACCAGUUUCUCACAGCAGGAAAAUAAUCAUACAUCAACAGGAAAUGUGCAUUUUUGUUUGGAUUAUAAUAAACAUUUUUGUAGGGGUUGAUACAGUUUUAGAUAGGGCAAAUCAAGUCUGAAAUGUUAAAGUGGAAAUUACAGACUUUAGAAGUCUUUUUAAACCUCAAAUACACUACAAGUUUGCAUUUCCUGCAACAACAGGGUGAUCAAAUUGAGAUACAACACCUGUACUGUUGGAAGAAUAGUUUACAACAAGGAUAGGGUUGUAAGUUAGGUUUAACCACUGAAAGGCUUGAUUCAUUAUGUAGUAUGCAAGUAAAGAGAUUUAAACUGAUGCAUCAAGUUAGUUUGUAAGUAAAGAGGUUUAAGCUGAUGCAUCAUGUUAGUAUGCAAGUCAAGCGGUUUAAACCGUUGGUUCCCUUUCUGUCGGUCACUCUGUAUAACAUACAGUACUAUGGAGAGUGAACAACCAAUCCUAUUCACCUGAAGCAAACUGAAAUCUCGCCCAAUGGAUGCCGAGGCUGCCCUCGGAAGCCCCGCCUUCCUGGCUAUAAUACCGGGGCUCGCAUCCAUUUCCUCAAUUCUUCAGCUUGCCUGAAGAAAGAACGUGUCACGUAAUUUACAAACUUUUCAAGCACACGAAGGCUACGAGAUUCGGCUCCGACUUACGUGUCUGUUACAUUUUAGUCAUUUAGCAGACGCUCUUAUCCAGAGCGACUUACAUGAGCAAUUAGGGUUAAGUGCCUUGCUUAAGGGCACAUCGACAGAUUUUUCACCUAGUCGGCUCGGGGAUUAGAACCAGCGACCAUUCGGUUACUGGCACAACGCUCUUACCCACUAAGCUACCUGUUAGUGGAGAGAGACUACUCGUCCCGUAGAUGUUGCGAGUUUUGGGUCUUGGCAUUGGUUUUUGUGUUUGCUAAAAGCUAACUACUUUCUGCUCUGCUUGUGUAGCUAAUGCUUCCUGGCUUGAGUAAGAUGGCCAGUGGUAAGAGUAAGUUCAAAAAGGCUAACCAGCUUGUGUUUGAACCUCCGACCAUGCCCUAGGGCAUGUGGUUUCACAAUGAAAAUUAAAGAUACUCAUGAGUGUUGUCCUGUUUGCCAGGGGUGGUAACACACUCAGGAGGCCUUUGUUCGGAAUAUUUUGUGUGACCAUUGUCUCUGGCUGGGUUCAACUUCCAUAGGGAGUUGGGCUGACUUUGUGAGGAAGAUAUGUGGUUGGAGUUGAUAGGGGUGUCAUCUCAGCCGAGUUAGGCUCAUUCCGGCUUCUCUAGCAGUGUUCAGAGUCCGGAUUCCGAGGACGAUAUACUAUCCCUGAUUGGCGGGUUUUCUGAGUGUGAAUUGGAUGACAUCAUUCCGGGGCAGCCUGAACCCCCCGGCUUUGGUUUCGGUGGGGGAGAGUGAACCAUUGGUGGUGUUGCGCCUUUGAUGGUGUUUUUCUCCCCCGCAACGGAGUUCCUCCAGGUUUGGGUGAAGAUAUUUACCUCCUGUCCCUGAAGCAUUGCUUACCCCUGUUUAAAGAUUUUGCUGAUGAGUGACAAGUUACUUAGCUCCGGAGGCUGACAAGGGGGCUAAUCCUAGCUCAGAGGUCCCCGAACCCGGUGUGGGCCGGGUUUCAGAACGCACAGUUCCUUCCCCAUGUUCAGACACACGGUUGUCAAGUGGUCGAUAUGAAAACAAGCAUGACAAAACAAACAAAUGAUCCCAGUCCUCAGGGUGGCAUUCUGCCCCUUCAGGAGAUAAUGAAUGGGAGACUGGCAGCAUGCUCCAUCCAGUGGUGGGCAUACGCAGUUUCACCAUGGGUGAUGAGGAUGGUGACAAGAGGGUACGGUCUGCAGUUCGCUGUGCGUCCUCCUCCUUUUCAUUACGUCAUUGGUCCCCGAGGACCUUGCGGCUGUCUUGAGAAAGGGACAUUUCCUCUCUCCUUCAAAAGCAGUCUAUUCACAGGCUAUUCGGGUGGUCAUCGUGUCAGAAGUACAGAGCUGUUGGUACAGCCGGUACUUCUUAGUUCCCAAGAGCGAAGACGCGUUACGUCCCAUCCUGGACUUGCAUGUUUUAAACAAGCACCACAAGGUUGCAAGUUGAAAAUGCUCACAUUCGCCGGCUAUUGCAGUCGGUGUUUACCAGCGAUUUGUUCACGUCCAUAGAUAUAAAGGAUUCUUCUAUUCUAUGUGCUAUACAUCCUCCCCAUCUCCCUAUCGCCCGCACCUUUUCUAUGGUGGUGGAGGCGGCUUUGGCACCGGUGUAGUACCAGGGGAUCAGAGUAUUGGCCUAUCUGGAUGAUUGGCUGGUCGUGGUGGAGUCGAGGGAACAGGUGAUGCUGCCACACUGGCUUCCCAUAUUAAUUCGCUGGGGUUCAUAGUGAAUCACAAGACAAGUUGUUUGACUCUGGCUCAGCGCAUUCAGUUUCUCGUCUCAUUCUGGACUCGGUUCUGAAUCAUGCGUUUCUGUCCCAAUGGAGGAGGGUCGCAUUUCGGCUCUGUCUGGCAUGGGUUCAGCUAGUGCACUCAGUGCCUUUUUCGAUUGUGCAUGCAGUUAUUGGGGCUGAUGGCCUCUAUGAUAGCUGUGGUGCCUCUGGGACUUCUGUUGAUGCGUUCAGUGCUGGGUGAUUGCUACGCGUCUGGACUCAUCUCCCCACUGCCAUCGGUUGCUCAAGGUCUCCCUGUCAUGGUUAAGGACGCUGACUCCUUGGAGAGACCCGCGACUGCUGUUGCAGGGGGUUCUCAUGGGCUGGGAAGUGUCCCGCUGGGUGAUCACAACAGACGCAUCCUUAUUGGUAUGGGGAGCGCUGUGUGAGGGCUACUCGGAAAGAGGGAUUUGGAGAGAGUACUCGUCCCCGUAGAUGUUGCGAGUUUUGGGUCUUGGCAUUGGUUUUUGUGUUUGCUAAAAGCUAACUACUUUCUGCUCUGCUUGUGUAGCUAAUGCUUCCUUGCUUGAGUAAGAUGGCCAGUGGUAAGAGUAAGUUCAAAAAGGCUAACCAGCUGAGUUUGAACCUCCGACCGUGCCCUGGGGCAUGUGGUUUCACAAAGAAAAUUAAAGAUCUCCACGUGCUAUCAGUACACCCUUCCUGUUUGGAGUUCACGCCUGGUGACUCCAAAGUGAGGUUACGUCCUAAUGCAGUUGGUCCCAAGGUUAGGCCUGUGUCCGGUGCGUGCUUUACACCCGUAUAUUGAUAGGAACAAGGAUGUCUGUGUUGUGACCAGCUUUUUGUCUGUUUUGCUAAUCCAGCUCGGGGUAUGGUGCUUUCUAAGCAGCGUCUUUCUCGUUGGAUUGUGGAAGCUAUCUCCCUGGCGUGUGACAAAAAAGGACAAUGGUUGCCUAGCGGUGUGUGUGCUCACUCUACUAGGGUUGAGGCGGCUUCUUGGGCAUUGUUCAGGGGCAUGACAAUUGGUGAUAUCUUUGCUGCAGCCAGUUUGUGAAGUUUAUCACUUGAAUGUAACUGCACAGUGUGGCUCAUUGGGUUCUUAAGGCGAGGUCCGGGAGUGGGUGUUAGGCAGCACGCAGGUUGCACAUUUAUCCAGGUUACCACAGAUCCCCUGUAGGUUUGAGCUUUGGGCUGCCGUGGUUCGUCGAUGAGGCGGCAUGCGAUUGCGCAUUAUCAUGUCACAGCAGGUGCCCUGUUGUUUUGGACUUGCGGGUCCUUGUACGAGUUCAGACUUUUCAGGCUCACAAGGUAAGUAUUGUUCUUGGAACCAUGGGAUCUAUGGACUUGGACCACAAUGGUCGAUGUUACGCAGGGUUCUGUCCGGGUUACCACAGUUUCCCUGUGGGUUUGAGCCUUGGGCUGCCUUGAAGGGCGACAACGCUCAGAGUGCGCAUUAUCAGGGUUACCACCGUUUCCUGUGGGUUUGAGCCUUGGGCAGCCAUGGCAGUGCGUGAGUACACAGUUUCCAGGUUACUGCAGGUUCUGACAUUUCAGGCUCGUAAGGUAUUGUUCUUGGAACCGUGGGGUCUAUGGACUUGGGCUGCAGUGGCAACAUGUCAGUGUGCAUUGGCAAGUUGCAGCAGGUUCUGGUUCCCUAUAUGGGGCUCUGACAGUUCAGACUUCUCGGCUUCUGUAACCCCUUUUUGGAGCCGGUGGAACCUGUUUGUGCUUGGGCUGCCGUGGGCCUCCUAGAUUGGUACCAUCUGAGCCGGCUUGGGGCGUGAUUGUAUGUCCCUAUAGUAUUUUAUACAGAGUGACCGACUGAAAGGGAAUGUACAGUUAUGAGUAUAACUACUGUUCCCUGAAGGAGGGGAACGAGGUAUAACAUAUUUUGAAGAGCGGUAUUGAAUUAAGGAAAUGGAUGCGAGCCCCGGUAUUAUAGCCAGGAAUGCGGGGCUUCCGAGGUCGGGCUCUGCAUCCAUUGGCCCAUUAGUCGUUCAGUUUUUGGCAUUCUUUUUUAAAAAUCCUAUGUUUGUUGUGUAGUAAAUAUUUCAGCUUUUAAUUUCAUUGUUUUUUAUUUGUUUGUUUUUUCCUGUGAAGCACAUUGCGUUGCAUUCCAUGUCUGACAUGUGCUGUAUAAAUAAAACUUGAUUUGAUUUGCACGAAUGAGCAGAAAAAAUUCUGCAUUUACCAGUACAUCAUGAAUGGAAUACAAAAGGGCUUAUGAAAAAACUCACACAUGCAUGAACACAUGCACAUGGUCAUUUCUAAGUCAUAUGUUAGAAUGUUUCAAAUACAGUGUCAUUAAAAACAGGUAUUGGUACAUUGGCCCACUUCCAUGCUUUGUCACAGAUUUGAAUGCAGUAGACCAUGGUUGACUUGUUGCUUCUAAAUUGCUUGUUCUCUGAUUCAGGCAUGGAGGGCCAUGCUAUAGUUGGCCAAGUUGGCUGAGGCUGAGGUUUGGAUGUGUCACUCACUGCUGCAGUGGCUUGACCAUGUGAUCAGAACGUGCUUGCUGGUGCAAGGGUUAAAACAGCCGGACAGCGAGAGAGGGACUGAGUUAACUGUAAUCUAUCGCUUGACAAAGAGCUAUUCAUAAGAGGGUUAAACUGAUUAGGGGAGAGGAGGAUUGAAGAGAGAAAUUUUGGGGGGAAGGGAGGGGUGGGCUGUCAGGGGCUGGGGGCCGGUCCCAGACUUAUGAUUGUAUUCAAAUCAAAACACAUCCCACAAUGCACCUCUGCCCGUCUCCCUUAAACACAUACGGAACGGACAAAGAAAAACAAAACUGAGGCCUCUGUAAACAGAAUGAUCUGUCUUCCUCCAUAGGUGCCACUGUUAAUUGUAGCAUAUUACAUUCUGUAUAUCCCCGUGCAUUACAACAUGUAAUUACGCGCCAGUGGGAACCACCGCUGCAACAAUCACAUGUCCAUUCCAUUUCCUCCGAACAAUAGAACAUUAUCCCAGAGAUUUAACUCUUGAGAGGCUGCAUGGACCACAAUGAACAACAUCUGCCACACACAAUCACUGCAUCGGAAGUGUUGACUUCCAUAUGUGUGACACCCAGCUUGAAUGGAAUUAUGUGGGUAAAAUUAAUACAAUUUUAACACCAGUUUCAAUAAAGUAAGCAUGGGAGCACAGAAUGAUUUUAAACACAAUGCAGUACACCACAGAGAGCCUCAUUGUAUAUUAAAACUCCAGGCCAUGGUUACAUAAAAACUGUUGUCAGAGUACAGGCUAGCCAGUUCUCUGGCAGUGAGCGGUGCAGCUGAGAAAGAGCUGAGUGAUUUUUAACCUGCCACCCACUGGGGGAGAACCUGACUCUGGCUAAUGUGAAGAGGGUGGUGUGUCUUAGAGGGGCACGCUGAACUGAACGGGUGGAUUAGAGUUUCCAUUUUGCACCCUUCACUGCACACCAGCCAGACCUGUCAGAAUAGCAGCUCGUUGUAAGGUAGACUGAAGUCGUCAUGUGAUAUCUGGGGGUGGAAAAACAGUGAGGAGAAUAGACAGGAAAAAGGAGCAGCUAUUGUUUCUCUGUCUCUGUGCUCCAUAGAGACUAGUGUAUAGGACGAUCUUUGGACAUUGUGCUAAUGCAGACCAAGUGGGAGUGAUGAAUGUGUUUGCUGGAGUGUUGCAGGCUCACUGUGGUCAGUGAGGUCUCACUCAUUGGUAGUACUCGGUGGAUUAUCGAUCCAAAUACAUUCCAUAACCUCUCCAUAAUCUGUCAUUGUAUUCCGUGUAGAAUGCAGCGAUGAGCCGUUUACACAUUUUUGUCAAUACUUGGAUUGGAAAAUGUCCACAGCUUUAAUAUGGAACAUUAUUUUGAAUAAUGUGGUAGUGACCCGUCUGUCCAUUUUAACAAAAGCAAUCAUUCACAGGGCACAUAUUUAUUUGUAUUUUUUCCUAUUUGGGUUUUUAUGAAUGGAAGCAAUUUUGCUUUUUGGACACCAUCCAUGUCUAGAAAAGUAAUUAAAAUAAAACUGCACUUAUCACUAUGUCAAGUGCUAUUGUCUGACCACAGAUUCAAAUGAAAACAUGCUUUUAUCUCUCUGGCUCUCUUUUAUCUCUCACACUGUCUCCAUUUCCCACUGCUGGAUCGGUCACAAGCCAUUUACCCAUUAUUUAAAUCCAAACAUGUUUUCUUCCGUGUGUAAUUUUUUGAAUCACAGGCACAAACCCACCCCCUGUGAUUGGCCCUCCCUUCCAAGUGUUUUUACCCUCGUCGCUCCCCGUUUCUACAGCAACUGAAUUCAAAUCCAAACUCCCAGCCCGGGGUAUUCUUGGUUUCAUCACUAUGGUAAUCUGAGAGAAUUACGAGGGGUGGUGUGGGGGGGUUGCCGUCCCUUUGUAGUGAUGGACAGGCAGGAGGGGAGCAAGAAAGGGUUAAGUGUUCGAUGGUCAAACUAGAAAUUCCCCAGUGGUGAGCCAGUUGGCACUGCACACUCAAGGUUUUGAAAAUCAACACUUAUGCGUGUGCACGCUCACGCUUGCAUGUACAGUAUUUAGAUGUAUUUGGCCAUUGGGAAUUCCUUGGUUUAUGUUUGAUUCUUAAUCAUCCUUAGAGGUGCUGGCAAUCUUAAUGAGCUUAAAAUGUCCCUCAGUAUUUAGCCACAAAGGCAUUAGGUGUGAGAGUGUGUGUGAAGUGUUGCACGUGAAAGUGUUUUUUCUCCAGUGCAAUGGGUGUAGAGUUCAUUCCAUUGCUGUUUGGGAAAAAGUCUGUAUAGGAAAUAGGCAGCUCAGGGAGGAUCCCUCCCUUUGAGAUAACAGCCAAUGCAUGAAGUCUUUGAUAUACCUGUUAUCAUUUCAGCACACAUUUCCUCUCUCUGAGUGUCCUAUCAGCUCUCCUAAUAACACUGACCUGGGAUCAGAGGUAACUUUUUAUGUAAGCACAAACUGAGCGCCGCCCAGUAAGGAUUGUGUCUGUGUUUAAGCAUGUCAGACAAUCAUUACCUCUGCAAGCAUACCUUACUAUUAACCAAAGCAACAGCCCCUCUCAGGAAUGUGGGGUUAAUUGUUACUCAUUGUAAUCCCUUUUUAAACACAGUGUGGUGCUUCACCCUGAAGCCUCAAGGCUGUAGGUGCAUUUUGCUUAAUUAAUCACAAGGUUACCUCUGGCCACUGCUGUCUGAAGGGAAAACAUCCUGGACAGCUGAAUAGUCACUAUUGUGUUUUCCUCUGAUGUUUUUUUGCCAUAAUUUCAAGGUUGAAGUAAAUUCAAUAAAUCUUCUCUGUCAUUCAACACCCUGGAGAGAUGACCUCAGGAGCUGAAGUACAAGAUUUUGUGGUGAAAAGUUUUAAUGAUAAGGGUGCUACUCUGUCUCUAUUCUCAUGGUUAUUCAAUGAACAGACUAGGUUUCAAAUAUGGGCUUUUUACACAUUGUGGUGUCUCAUUGGAUUUAGUGUACAAGGUGCCUAUAGUCUUUAAUCCAGUUUCUGCAGGCUGUAGAAUUGCACUGGUUAUCUACUACAAUUGCUUACUACAGAGGCUUAUAAAGCCUAAGCAUUUAUCAGACCUCAUCAUAUUCCUUGUCAGAGGGUUAAUUGGUCUAACUUUUUCCACCUUGAAAAAUAUGUAUAUUUCCUAUGUUUAAAAUCCAUGGGCUUUCUCCUCUGCUCAUUUAAAGCUCCAAACAUUAUUACCUUAGAAUUACAUUUAUGAGUAACUCAUUGGUUACGUUUGUUUUGUUCUGAGGGGAUGCAUGAGGUUUCUCUAUGGCUGCUCUGUUUAUUUUCAAACUGCUUGGCUGUUGCCUGCUAAGAGCAUGUGUUUUCCCCUGAUUCACUAUACACAUCCUCCUAUCAUUUAAAUCCCUGCAUUUGGGGAAAAAUAGUUCAUUGAGAGACUGAAUAAAAGGAGGGGGUGGGGAAAGACGGGUAGCUUAGUACCCUGAAAACCAGGCUUCAGUCACCAGGCAACCAAAAGAUCACGUUUCAAAGCCCGACAAGGAGUUGUAAGAAGUAGAAAGAAAAAGAGAGGGGCGGGGUGUGGAAGGGGGGUAGGAGGGGAUCGGAGAGAGAGGACUUCAUAAAGUGUGUCUGUCUUCCACUUUCCACAGUGUCUCUCUCUGCCAUAUGCUCCUCCAUGACAAACAAAAACAGGUGGUACAUUUCAUAACAAAUCUUCAGAUUCCGGUGGAAUCCGGUGACAUUUUAACAUUGAUAAGAGCUUCUCUCUUGUGUUGAUGUGUUGAUCAUGGUACCAAACUGCCUUUACCCUUUUUAAUCUAUUCUCUUCAUGACUCUUCGUAUUGUAAACAAUGGGAAGUCUAAAUAAUAUAGUAAAUCUUCCUCAACUAAAAUCUUGCUCUGCUUGUCACAAUUGAAUCAUGUGUUUGUACUUCCCUAACACAAGGUCUCUGGCUUCUCUUUAAAUUACAUUCUCUGCUUGCCAUUUUUCUCAUUCCAUAUAUUCCAUUCAGUAGACCGAAAAGCCCUGAUUCCUAAACCCUUUGGGGAAUUGAUGUAAUGUAUAAUUUAUUAUUUGAUACUAACAGCUAACUUUAUGGGACAGUAGAGUUGAUGUCAUCUUGAACCUAGCUGAAAACCCAUGAGGUUUGACUUUGACUGUGGCCUUUUGUGACACUGGAUGCCUGUGUCCUCUGCUUGGUAAGCCCCCUGUCUGCAUGUGCUGACUAUGCUAGUCUGGUUGUAUGUUCUGACCCUGGGGGCUCUCUGUCUCUCUCUGUGCCCAGGCCGUGUGUCUCUGACCCGGGGGGCCUCGCUGCUGGUGGCAGGGCUGAGCCUGGAGGACGAGGGCUGGUUCGAGUGUCGCAUCCUGCUCCUGGACCGCACCACAGACGAGUUCCGCAAUGGCACCUGGACCUUCCUCUCCAUCACAGGUGCAGCUCAGUGGGUCUCUGUGGCAGUCAGAGGAACUGGACCUUACAGGACAAGACAUCCUCUAGCUGCUCACGACCACCAGUGUUUUCCCUUUAGAAUAUCCUCAACAUGGGGCUGGAGCAUGACAGUCCCUCUCCUGUUGAUCUUCAAAUGGAGUCUUAUUGCAGUAUAUGAGCUGUUGUUGCAUAAUGCUCAGUGUUUUAAACAGUGCUUGCGACACGUCUCAUCUUUGUCUGGGCUCGCUAUUCACUGUGGGAUGACGUUGACACAGGACUGUCUGUUAGGAGCCACAGGGGACGUAGACACAGUGCAUGUGACCUCACCAGGAUAGUGGAGGCUAAAGGGAAAACAAUGUUUCGUGUUCAAGUGUUUCUCUUGUCCUGCGUCAUUCUCUCCUCCUACUGUCACUCUCUCCUUCUCUCCUUUUCCUAUUCUGUUUUCCCAUUCACACACUUAUCUAAACACAUGCCACUCCAAUUUACUAUCUACUUCCAAUCCUCUCUUUCUUUCCAUUUGUCCAUCAAACAGGAUAUCACCAGGGCAAGUAUUGUGUUAAAUCCAUGUAAUGCACCUGGUUACUCAACAUGUUUGGGUGAUCAGAGGCCAUGUAGCUUACAGAUGUAGCAGUAACAUAAUUAAUAGUUUCCCAUUAGUUAACUAAUUGUUACACAGUAGUUAAUUAACUAGCUAGAUAAUUGUGUUACAUUUGUUUAAAGAUCAUCUAAUUUCCCCCCUACAGCCCCACCUGUAUUUAUCAAGACUCCACCUACCUUUGUGGAAGUCCUGCUAGGGGACUCCCUGACCCUCAGCUGUGGUGCCCAUGGUAACCCUCGACCAACUGUUAUCUGGCAUAAAGAUGAGACCCCAAUUGAGAAACAUGAAAAGAUGGUGGUAUGUAAAAAAGCUUCUGUUUGCUGUUGUUGGAUGAAGUUGUUGGUCAUGAUUCAAAGCAUCUGCAAUCUCUUUCUCUCUCCCUCGCUCUCACAGGUGCUCAAUGGCACCUUAUCUUUGGCCCCCGUCACCAGAGAGACAUCAGGAAUGUAUAAAUGUCAUGUGUCCAACUCGGAGGGGAAUCUGACCCAUACUACCCAGCUGCAGGUCAAAGGUCAGUCUGACUAUCUUCUAACCAUCUGGGAGAGGCAGGCAGGUCCUCUGCUGACUCCUCAUAAGCCCAAUCAGCUCAGUUCACUCAUCUUAAGGGUCUCCAAUGUAUUAACCCCUAAAGGUUCAUACAUUAGACCUUAAAACCUCAGGCCUGGCCGAGAAGACAAACCAUUUAGUUUACUAACCAUUUAGCUUACGGAGUGGCUGCGGAUACAUAUUUUCUGGACCCCACUUCCCAACAGCUAAAGGUCCCGAAGCUUCUGCGCAUGUACAGGAUUCUCUACUUUACUCAUAGUCUCUGCUCUACUCAUAGAGAACAGGUUACUCUGACAAAUGUAUGCACUCACUAACUGUAAGUUGCUCUGGAUAAGAGCGUCUGCUAAAUGACGCAAAUGUAAAAAUGUAAAUGGUGGUCGUUUAAUAAAGUUAGAUCAAAGCUGAAUCAAUGUCUGCAAGAUCACAUAAUGAUAGUAUUCUACAUUACUGAACCGAAUAUAAUAUCGUAGUACACUGAAUGUACAAAACAUUCCUAACAUUAGGAACACCAGGAUUCAGUACCCCUGUCUUUCUCACCACUGUGUGUCUCUCAUUGGAGAGGAGCCUGGAGAAAGGGAGAAAGAGCCUACUCUGACCACACAAAGCGGACUGUCUCCACCUAGUGUGCUUGCCUGUAGCCUACACUUCCAUUUUUUCUACAUAAUUUCUGCAACUCCAAGAUUUAAAUUGUUUACAUUUUAGUCAUUUUAGCAGACGCUCUUAUCCAGAGCGACUUACAGUUAGUGAGUGCAUACAUUUUCAUACUGACCCCCCGUGGGAAACAAACCCACAACCCUGGCAUUGCAAGCGCCAUGCUCUACCAACUGAGCUACACGUAUUAGCAAGUACAUACACUGAGUGUACAAAACAUUAGGAAUACCUUCCUAAUAUUGAGUUGCACUCCCUUUUGCCCUCAGAACAGCCUCAAUUCGUAGGGGCAUGAACUCUACAAAGUAUCGAAAGCGUUCCACAGGGGUUGUCCUUUGAAUGCUGGACCAAUCUUGAUACACACGGGAAACUGUUGAGCGUUGCAGUUCCUGACACACACAAACCAUCUACUACCAUAUCCCGUUCAAGGCACUUGCUCAUUCACCGUCUGAAUGGCACACAUACACAAUCCAUGUCUCAAUUGUUGUCUCUUCUCCUUCUUCUACACUGAUUGAAGUGGAUUUAACAAGUAACAUCGAUAAGGGAUCAUAGCAUUCACCUGGUCAGUCUAUGUCAUUGAAAGAGCAGGUGUUCCUAAUGUUUUGUACACUCAGUGUAUAACGUUACUGUAAGACAAAAAACACCACCUCAUUUCUGAUGAGAUUUUAGGAUGAUUGUGCGAAUGGUCACAUGUUUUGGUCAUGUGGCCAAAACUCAACAACGCUCGCCACUAGGCAAAAUAUGUGCUUUGAUUGAAACUAAACACAUGUAGGCUAUGCUACAUUUUGUUAACACCAUCUGGUCAAAAGUUCACUAACUGUACAUCAUUCAAAACAACACUGUAGGCUACUUCGAAACAACACUGUAUAAAUCCUCCAAUGUCGCCCUUCCGCAUAUGCGGUGGAAGGUGGCAGAGCAAUAGCGGUGUUUGUCAGACCAGGAGACAUCCCGAAAAUUGGUCUUCUCACUAAAACAUCUGUAGCAUCCGAACGGUUUUGCCUACACACUAAUAUGACCAUUCUAUAAUUUGCUCUACGACCCCCACAAGUGUCACGGAACUCGUCUAAAAGUCACCCAUACAAAUGAAUGGACGUAUGUAUGGAGGGGUUCGAUCCCAGGCUGUGUCACAACCGGCCGUGACCGGGAGUCCCAUAGGGUGGCACACAAUUGGCCCAGCGUCGUCCAGGUUAGAGAAGGGUUUGGCCGGGGGGGGCUUUACUUGGCUCAUCACGCUCUAGCGACUCCUUGUGGCGGGCCAGGCGCCUGCAGGCUUACUUCAGUCGUCAGUUGAACGGUGUUUCCUCUGACACAUUGGUGCAUCUGGCUUCCGGGUUAAGCAGGCGGGUGUUAAGAAGCGCGGUUUGCCGGGUCAUGUUUCGGAGGAUUCAUGACACGACCUCGCCUCUCCCGAGCCCAUUGGGUAGUUGCAGCAAUGAGACAAAAUCGAAAUUGGGGAGAAAAAGUGGGUAAAAAAAGAAAGAAAUAUCUAUAUAAAAAAAAAUAAUAUAUAUAUAUAUAUCCUGAGCUUAUACAGUGCAUUCGGAAAAUAUUCAGACCCCUUGACUUUUUCCACAUUUUGUUACGUUACAGCCUUAUUCUAAAAUGGAUUACAUUAUUUUUUUUACUAAUCAAUCUACACACAAUACAUGUGGAAAAUGUACUUUCCCAAUGCACUGUAUAUACACUGUAAAAAAAAAAAUAUAUAUAUAUAUAUAUAUACUAACAGUCAAAGGUUUGGACACACCUACUCAUUCAAGAGUUUUUCUUAAUUUUUUACUAUUUAUUACAUUGUAGAAUAAUAGUGAAGACAUCAAAACUAUUAAAUAACACAUAUGAAGUCAUGUAGUAACCAAAAAAGUGUUACACAAAUCAAAAUAUAUUUUAUAUUUGAGAUUCUUCAAAUAGCCACCCUUUGCCUUGAUGACAGCUUUGCACACUCUUGGCAUUCUCUCAACUAGCUUUAUGAGGUAGUCACCUGGAAUGCAUUUCAAUUAACAGGUGUGCCUUCUUAAAAGUUAAUUUGUGGAAUUUCUUUCCUUCUUAAUGCGUUUGAGCCAAUCAGUUGUGUUAUGACAAGGUAGGGGGGGUAUACAGAUGAUAGCCCUAUUUGGUAAAAGGCCAAGUCCAUAUUAUGGCAAGAACAGCUCAAAUAAGCAAAGAGAAACGACAGUCCGUCAUUACUUUAAGACAUGAAGGUCAGUUAAUACGGAACAUUUCAAGAACUUUGAAAGUUUCUUCAAGUGCAGUCGCAAAAACCAUCAAGCGCUAUGAUGAAACUGGCUCACAGGAAUGGAAGACCCAGUUACCUCUGCUGCAAAGGAUAAGUUCAUUAGAGUUACCAGCAUCAGAAAUUGCAGCCCAAAUAAAUGCUUCACAGAGUUCAAGUCACAGCCACGUCUCAACAUCAAUUGUUCAGAGGGGACUGUGUGAAUCAGGCCUUCAUGGUCGAAUUGCUGCAAAGAAACCACGACUAAAGGACACCAAUAAGAAGAAGAGACCUGCUUGGUCCAAGAAACACAAGCAAUGGACAUUAGACCGGUGGAAAUGUGUCCUUUGGUCUGGAGUUCAAAUUGGAGAUUUUUGGUUCCAACCGCCGUGUCUUUCUGAGAUACGGUGUGGGUGAACGGAUGAUCUCUGCAUGUGUAGUUCCCACCGUAAAGCAUGGAGGAGGAGGUGUUAUGGUGUUGGGGUGAUUUGAUGGUGACACUGUCUGUGAUUUAUUUAGAAUUCAAGGCACACUUAACCAGCAUGGCUACCACAGCAUUCUGCAGCGAUACACCAUCCCAUCUUGUUUGGGCUUAGUGGCUCUAUCAUUUGUUUUUCAACAGGGCAAUGACCCAACACACCUCCAGGCUGUGUAAGGGCUAUUUGACCAAGAAGGAGAGUGAUCGAGUGCUGCAUCAGAUGACCUGGCCUUCACAAUCCCCCGACCUCAACCCAAUUGAGAUGGUUUGGGAUGAGUUGGACGGCAGGGUGAAGGAAAAGCAGCCAACAAGUGCUCAGCAUAUGUGGGAACUCCUUCAAGACUGUUGGAAAAGCAUUCCAGGUGAAGCUGGUUGAGAGAAUGCCAAGAGUGUGCAAAGCUGUCAUGAAGGCAAAGGGUGGCUACUUUGAAGAAUCUAAAAUAUAAAAUAUGUUUUGAUUUGUUUAACACUUUUUUGGUUACUACAUGAUUCCAUAUGUGUUAUUUUGUAGUUUUGAUGUCUUCACUAUUAUUCUACAAUGUAGAAAAUAGUAAAAAUAAAGAAAAACCCUUGAAUGAGUAGAUGUGUCCAAACUUUUGACUGGUACUGUUGUCACGACUUCCGCCGAGGCUGCCUCUCCUCCUUGUUUGGGCAGGCUUCGGCGUUCGUCGUCACCGGCUUACUAGCCACUGCCGCUCCAUAUAUCAUCAUUCCAUUUGUCUUGUCUUGUUAAUUAAACACACCUGGUUCUUAUCCCCUCAUUAGUCCAUGUAUAAGUGUUCCCUCUGCCCCCCUUGUCCUUGUGGGUGAUUGUUGUUUCGUGAGAGUAAUGUAGCUCGUUGGAGCUACUCGUACAUUGUUAUUUCCAGGGUAGAUAUUUCCCCUGUGCCUGUUAUUGUUGGAGCUACCGUUACCUUGUAUUGCUAGGGUAGAUUUUCCCCUGUGCCUGUUUCGUUUGUCGCUAUCCAGCGCUAUUUGUGUACGACGGAAUAAACUCUGCAUUCUGUGAUUACCCUUCUGCGCCUGACUCCUUCUAUCACACUCAUCACAACUGUGUAUAUAUAUUCCUUAUGACUGAUGUUUUUACUGUCUUUUUUGCUAUUUAUGAAUGUGUUAUUCAGUGUGUGUCUAUGGGCUAUAGAGGUAAAGGCCAAAUGCAAUAUUCUAUCAAAUAAUUUGUACAUAUUUAUUUUGAUACCUAAAGGUGUCCUAAAAUUCAAAAUCAAAUAUCGAAAUGAUCCAUGGUAGGACCUUCUUAAAACAAUUCCAUAUGGCAGCUUAGAAUUUCUUUCACCGGUAAAACUUGAAAAAUUAUCAUCGACGAUUGACAGUGAGAAAUAUGAAAGGAGGGUGACCACAAAAAUGUGUGCGUAAAUUAGAGGUAAAGAAACACGUGCACAGAAAGUGAUUGGGAUAUGUUGUUGAACGUUGCGUAUAGGAAUGCCAUGAAUAGGGCCUACGUGAUUCCUUGUUCAAAAUGUCAGAGUGGCAUGUUUGUUCUACAAAGCAUAUUUCCUUUUGGGGGGGUUACCUACGGAUCUGCAGCCUCUGCCUUUAGUUUAAAAGAAAGCCAACAUAAAGGACAUAUCUUUUUCUGGGAAAAUAGUAUUUUACCUGGAUGCUUAACUUGAACAAUCUUCUCUUCUCUUGUCCUGCUCAAGUUUAAAGAUAGUAUUAUUGCAAAAAGUAUACAGAUUUCAUAUUCUUGCUGUCUGAGUGCAGAUCAGGUCCCGUAUCCACAAAGCAUCUCAGAGUAGGAUUGCUGAUCUAGGAUCUGUCAAUAUAAUCUUAUUCAUUAUGAUCUAAAAGGCUAAACUGAUCCUAGAUCAGCACUUUUACUCUGAGAUGCUUUGUGGAUACAGGCCCAGAGCUACUGUCACACUUUGAUCUAGUGGUGUAUGGUCUGUAAAUGCACUCCCCUUUUACUUCAAAUCCUCAGAUGUUAUUUGGCAUCCACAUACCUGUAUCAUUAUGGUUUAUCAGUAUGACUCACUUGUUUUACAACCAGUGAAAAGCAGUAUGCAGUAACUUAAACUCUCCCAACUUCAAAAUAGGUCCUCCACUCAUCAUCAUCGCCCCAGAGGACACCACCCUCAACAUAUCCCAGGAUGCAGUUCUGCAGUGCCAAGCUGAGGCCUAUCCCUCCAACCUCACCUAUGAGUGGUGGAAACAGGGACAGAAUGUCUACCAUAUAGAGUGAGUUGACUUCGACACAUUGUAAACACACAAACUACAUUAGAAACACACACAAACUUCAGUAGAAACACAAACUUCAACACAAACACACACAGAAACACAAACUACAGUAAAAACACAAACGUCAACACAAACACAUGCAGAAACACAAACUACAGUAGAAACACAAACACAAACGACAGUAGAAACACAAACUACAACACAAACACACACACAGAAUCAUAAACUACAGUAGAAACACAAAUACAAACUACAGUAGAAACACGAACACAAACUAAAGUAGAAACACAAACACAAACUACAGUAGAAACACAAACACAAACUACAGUAGAAACACAAACUACAGUAGCUACUGGGAUCAGUGGCGGUCAGUGCAGUUGAAGAUGAGGGAGGACAAUGUUGUUGUUGUUCAUGAGCAUGGCCUUAUUUCUAUUACAGCAUAUUGGAUGACUGUCAUUCAUAUUCCAUUCACCCAGUUCAAUGUAACAGCGAUAGGUUUAGGCUACUACAUGAUACUCAAAUUUUCCCUAUACCCAUCAUGAGGUUGCUGCAACCUGAAUGAAAGUUUACAACGUAGAUGCACACAGGUUGAGAGAAAAAUGUGAGGUGACAGACACAUGGACAGACAGUGACUCAUUCAAUACUUCCUUGCACACUCUUGCAUCUAGCUGAUCUAGGGUGUAAUCAUUUGUCCAACAGUUGCAAACGAAAGUUUCUAUUGGACAAAUUCAGGUAUGUUUAUCCCUGUUUCGUUCCAUUUGCUUCCGUUUAAGAAACGUUAUUCAAGAGAAUUGGCGGAAUGAAUACACCCCUGAUCCCGCGUAAACACAGUUCACUUUCAUAGCAGCCACGUUGUAUUCCUUCUCGCAUCUAUGCACUCUUCUCCUCUCACCUUUUCCCUUCACUUGUGGACUUCCUAGCCAAAUCAUAUUAUAACCGCUACACACCACCUACAUCGUUGUCACCAUAUAUGCUAAAGUAACAUCAUAGUCAACAUAACUAAUAGAACUAACGCGUUAGUGAACCCGCUACAAUCAUGCAGUGACGUUACAGUGUACAGUCAGUAAGCAGUUUAGCACUUACACAGGCGAGCCCCGGUGGCAAUAAAUUAGUCAAACCAAAAGCUUACCUUGACUUGGAAGAGUUCCAGUGUUGUGUUGGAUAGUUAUAGCCAGCUAGCUAACAUAGCAUCCCUCUGUUUGAGCAGGGUGUUUGAGUAGGCUAAACUAGCUAGCUGCAUUUGCUAGCUAAGUAAGUGAAACUGAAAAGAAAGAUGAAAUCUCUCUAUCUGUCUCUUGCUUCUCCUUAAUUUUGGAAGAAAUGAAUUUGUUCAAAACUGUUCAACUAUUUUCUUUCUCUCUCUUUGAGUCAACAAAUCACCAUAUUCUAUGCACUGCAGUGUUAGCUAGCUGUAGCUUAUACUUUCAGUACUAGAUUCAUUCUCUGAUCCUUUGAUUGGGUGGACAACAAGUCAGUUUAUGCUGCAAGAGCUCUGAUAGGUUGGAGGACGUCUUCCGGAAGAUGUCAUAAUUACUCUGUAAGUGUAUGGAAGAGGGUGAGAACCAUGAGCCUCCUAGGUUUUGUAUUGAAGUCAAUGUACCCAGAGGAGGACGGAAGCUAGCUGUCCUCCGGCUACACCAUGGUGCUACCCUACAGAGUGCUGUUGAGGCUACUGUAGACCUUUAUUGCAAAACAGUGUAUUUUAAUCAAUUAUUUCAUAACGUGAAUAUAUUUAGUAUAGUUUUAUCUAAAAAGGAUGGUCCUCCCCUUCCUCCUCUGAGGAGCCUCCACUGACUGGGAUAUGUGAGAAGCAUACUGUCUUAUCAUGUGCAUCUAUCUUUCCAAGCCCAUUGCAUUGAUUCUAUGUAAUCUCACAAAGCUUUUGGCACUACAAUACAAGUUAAUUAAAUUAUUAGUGAGUCAAUUAUAUACCAGUAGUAGCAUUGUGACCACAGGUCAUUCUUAGACAAUGGAGCAUAUUGCAACUAAGAAGAUUCUCAAGGCCAGGUUGCGAUGUGUGUGUUUUGUUCUCAGCUAUCUCAAGACCCGUGUGAAGAUCUUAGUGGACGGCACACUCCUCAUCCCUAGUCUUGUCCCAGAGGACACUGGGAUUUACACCUGUAUACCAACCAAUGGGCUGAUGACCCCACCCUCUGCCUCAGCACACCUCAAAGUCAAACGUAAGAAUUGUGGUUGACUAUGGCUAUACAUGUCUUGAUUUCCUGGCCUGUGUGUUAUAGUCCAUCUCUGGGAGAGUGACUUACUGUAUAUAUUUCCUUUGUCUCUCUUAGACCCUGCCCGGGUGGGCCGGAUGCCCAGGGAGACGUAUCUACCUACGGGCAUGAGAGGAGUCAUCUUCUGCCCAGUCCAGGCUGAGCCCCCCAUGCUCUUUGUCAACUGGACCAAAGAUGGGAACAAUUUAAAUCUUGACAAUGUAGGUAUUCACACUUGGCAACAUGAAUCAUAAUAUAUAGAAUUUAUAUCAUUGAUCUCUUUUGUAUUUCAUGUUUGUUUUCUCCUUCUGUCUAUGUCUGCUCAGGUCCCUGGCUGGAUGGUGAACUCCGAGGGCUCAGUGUUUAUAGCCACAGCCAAUGACGAUGCAGUGGGCAUGUACACCUGUACUGCCUAUAACAGCUAUGGAACCAUGGGCCAGUCUGAACCCACUAAGGUUAUCCUGCAGGUAAGGCUGGUCCCCAGGCCUCUGUUCCCUGGUCAUAGAAAACCCUGCUUCCUGUAGGUCUGGAUGGACUUCAAACUGUCUCUCCCUCUGCAGGAUCCGCCCUCAUUCUCUGUGUCCCCUCGUGCUGAGUACCUGCAGGAGGUGGGCCGGGAGCUGGUCAUCCCAUGUGAGGCAGAUGGAGACCCCUCUCCCAAUAUCACCUGGAGCAAGGUGAGGUGUCCCUGAUAGACACAGCUGAUGGAACUCCAGAGAGCAUAGCCCUCUAUCUCUGUCUGUUUACGCUCAUCUCUGUUGUUGCUCUAACUCAUAGGUUGGUCCCACUCCUCGCUCCACAUACACUGUGCUGUCCAACGGCUCCCUCCUCCUGAAGCCUCUCAGAAAAGACCACCAGGGGGGCUGGGAGUGCCUUGCCACCAACCGCGUGGCCACCAUCAGCACUGGCACUGUGGUCUUGGUUCUGGGUGAGUGCCCUCUGCAUGGAGCAACAUGGCAAGACAUGCCAUUCUGUAGUACAUUGGUAUACAGGGUAUACAGUUCCACUGGUGUAUGCUAAUUGCCCUCCUCAUCUUCCCCCAGGCACCAGCCCUCAUGCUCCCUCAUUCGUGUCAGUAAGCACUGGGAUGAACCAGGCCAAUGUGUCCUGGGAACCUGGAUUUGAUGGAGGAUACACCCAGAAAUUUACUAUCUGGUUAGUAACUCAUCUCAAUGUUUAUCAGAAUGACACUGGCCAUUCUCUUCUUUGUCAUGGUUCUUAAAUCUCUGAGUCCCUCCCUCUUGGCCCCAGGGUUAAGCAGGCUUCCAGAGGGAAACAUGAGUGGGCAUCUCUCCCAGUGCCCACGUCCAAGUCCCACCUGUUGGUGACAGGGCUGCUGGCUGGCACCAGCUACCAGUUCAGUGUCCUGCCUCAGAACAAACUGGGCUCUGGGCCCUUCAGUGAAAUCACCUCUGUCAGGACGCAGGGUCAGUAGAAGUUUUAACUGACAAAGCACUCUUUAAUUUGUCUGUAUUGGACACUGAUCAAAAUUUUAUUGUAUGAACAAGUCUGAUCUUAUCCUGACUCUCCUCCACAGCCCUGCCAACAGAUCCACCGACAGUGGUGACCACUUUACCAACUAUCGACUCUCCCUUGUUCCUGUCAGCCAAUCGGACGGUGCUUGGGAUUGUCCUACAGUGGUAUGCUCCUGAGUCUCAGGCCACACCCCUCACUGGGUAUGUCCUCCAGGCUCGGAGGGACAGAGGCCAAUGGGUCAUUCUCAACAGCGCUGUGAAGGCCAACCAGAGUGAACUACUGGUACAAGGAUUACUGAGGGUGAGAGGCAAUUAUAAUUUUGGACCUUGGCAGAAAGAAUGAUGACACUAUUAGAUAAAUUAGGUGUAAUGAAAAGUACUUUAAAGUACAAUAACUGUAAUCUGAAGGCUAUGACCUCCAAGUUUUAAUGUGUUUUCAGAUAUGUUGCCCAGAAUUGUGUCUAUUGAACACUUGUCCUUCUCCCCUCUCCCCUCUCAGGACUGCAUUUAUGAUCUGAGAUUGAUGUCUCGCAGUAACAAACUACUGAGUGAGCCCAGUGAGUCUGUCAAUGUGAACACCACAGGUUAGUAUCAUUACUGUACAGCCAGCGCUGAUCAACUGUAUGAUAGAAACACUGGUUAGGUUCAUAAAAACAAACCCUAAACAAGAUGUAACAGUUAUAUCAAUUGUGCUUGGUAAUAGUCAUGACUCAUGACAGUUGUCAUUAUGUUGAUAAAUCUAUUACGCUGAUUGUUAGCCAAAAGCAUGGCUGUCUCUACGGUGUUGUUAGUGCAUUACUAACACACUGUGCUUGGUGUGGUUGCAGGGAUGGAGAUGUACCCUGUCUGGCCAGGCUUCCUGGAGUUUGUCCCUGAGCCCUUAUUGGCUGGUGUGUUGGGUGGAGUGUGCUUCCUGUUCCUGGCAAUCACCCUCUCCUUGGUGACAGCCUGUGUUAUGAGUCACAGAAGAGCCCAUCGGCGCAGGAAGAGGAGAGAUGGUAAAGACUGCUUUAUCCUAACAUUUCACUGAUAUUAAAAGAGAAAGAAUUUCAAGCUUUCUAUCCCUUGAAGUGUUUUAUUAGAGGUUAUCUUUAAAGGGCCAAUCUGCAGUUGAAACAAUAACAAAGGGAUGGAAAGCUGAGGGAUGGGCCUGGAGAAAUGUUACCACUCUUAAAUUCAUAGACAGAGCUAUUGAUGCAAUGUACUGACCAUCCAAGAUAUCAAAAUUAUAGUUUUAAGCAUAUUUUCAGUGUUUGUUUACAUUUCUAAUGUUUACAAACAUUGGAGUAAAACAGGCUUUUAUUUUGGAUGGGUUACGACAGUUGAGCUGAGCACAUGAGACAUACCUGUACAGUACCAGUCAAAAGUUUGGACACACCUACUCAUUCAAGGGUUUUUCUUUAUUUUUACUAUUUUCUACAUUGUAGAAUAAUAGUGAAGACAUCAAAACUAUGAAGUAACACAUAUGGAAUCAUGUAGUAACCAAAGAAGUGUUAAACAAAUCAAAAAUAUAUUUUAGAUUCUUCAAAGUAGCCACCCUUUGCCUUGAUGAAAGCUUUGCACACUCUUGGCAUUCUCUCAACCAGCUUCAUGAGCAAUGCUUUUCCAACAGUCUUGAAGGAGUUCCCACAUAUGCUGAACACUUGUUGGCUGCUUUUCCUUCACUCUGCUGUCCAACUCAUUCCAAACCAUCUCAAUUGGGUUGAGGUCGGGUGAUUGUGGAGGCCAGGUCAUCUGAUGCAGCACUCCAUAACUCUCCUUCUUGGUCAAAUAGCCCUUACACAGCCUGGAGGUGUGUUUUUCAUCAUUGUCCUGUUGAAAAACAAAUGAUAGUCCCACUAAGCGCAAACCAGAUGGGAUGGCGUAUCGCUGCAGAAUGCUGUGGUAGCCAUGCUGGUUAAGUGUGCCUUGAAUUCUAAAUAAAUCACAGACAGUGUCACCAUCAAAUCACCCCCACACCAUCACAUCUCCUCCUCCAUGCUUCACGGUGGGAACUACACAUGCGGAGAUCAUCCGUUCACUGACUCUGCGUCUCACAAAGAUACGGCGGUUGGAAUCAAAAAUCUCAAAUUGGACUCAUCAGACCAAAGGACAGACUUCCACCGGUCUAAUAUCCAUUGCUUGUGUUUUUUGGCCCAAGCAAGUCUCUUCUUAUUAUUGGUGUCCUUUAGUAGUGGUUUCUUUGCAGUAAUUCGACCAUGAAGGCCUGAUUCUCGCAGUCUCCUCUGAACAGUUGAUGUUGAGAUGUGUCUGUUACUUGAACUCUGUGAAGCAUUUAUUUGGUCUGUAAUCUGAGGUGCAGUUAACUCUAAUGAACUUAUCCUCUCAUCAGAGGUAACUCUGGGUCUUCCUUUCCUGUGGUGGUCCUCAUGAGAGCCAGUUUCAUCAUAGUGCUUGAUGGUUUUUGCGACUGCACUUGAAGAAACUUUCAAAGUUCUUGAAAUGUUCCAUAUUGACUGACCUUCAUGUCAAUAGGGCUAUCUUCUGUAUACCACCCCUACCUUAUCACAACACAACUGAUUGGCUCAAACGCAUUAAGAAGGAAAUAAAUUCCUAAAAAUUAACUUUUAAGAAGGCACACCUGUUAAUUGAAAUGCAUUCCAGGUGACUACCUCAUGAAGCUGGUUGAGAGAAUGCCAAGAGUGUGCAAAGCUGUCAUCAAGGCAAAGGGUGGCUACUUUGAAGAAUCUCAAAUAUAAAAUAUAUUUUGAUUUGUUUAAUUAGUCAAUGAGUAUAUACAAUUAAUGUAUGUCCAAAAACAGAUGUAGCAACUGUGGAUUGCUCCUUUAAUAAAGUAUUUUCAAAGCCUACUAAGCUGGAGUUCAAAAGCCUUGAUGACUGGACCAGCUCUCAGUAACUGUCAUGUGGUUCCUUUUCAUGUUAUGCAUGUUAAUCUAUUUCAGUUGACAGCAUUUUUUUCAUCCCAUUUUUUUUCAUACCUUUGUUUAUUUUAUAUGUGCCAUUGUUUGACCUUUUCACCCUCUUCUACCUUUUCAGAUCUCCCCUCUGCCUUCCAGAAGAGUCCUUCUCCAGAGUAAGUGCCCAUAAUUACCAGCAUAUUUCCCUCAUUGCAUUGGCUGUUUUCUAACCAACCCAUUUUCCAUUCUUAUGUGCCCUUUUUUGAGAAUCAUUGCAUAUUAAUGUGUAUUUAUCUGCUACUCAUAACAGUAAGCAUAGCAAUUUGUAGCCACUGAAUGCAUACAUAUUGUUAUUUUACAUAUUGUUAUUUUAAGCUUGAGACAAUAAUGGAAUAAUGUAAUAACCUGUCCUCUUCUGUUCAACUGAACUCAUCACUCCUCCUAUGACUCUUCUCUUUUCCUCAGAGCUCGCUCGCCUUCUGACAGCCCCGACAGCGUUCUGAAGAUGAAGCUGUGUCCUCCCCUGUCUUUCUUCCCCAACUCCUCAUCUUCCCAGUCUGACCGUUCCUCCUUUGAUAAAGGCAGCCGUGGAGAGUACCAGGACCAGCGCAGUCAGCUCCUUUCCAGCUCCUCUCCCCCACCCCACUACACCAUCUUUGAGAGCCACCUGGGGGGUAAGGCCCCCUCACCCUCUGCUCUGGAGUCCAUCUCAAGAGGCCCAGAUGGACGUUUCAUUGUCCAGCCCCUGCUAGAGGGGUCUACUCUUUCCAACAUUAAGAAUAACGUGAAAACAGUCUUCCUACAAACCCAAACCAAUGGGGGAGGUAGCGGCACAGGGAGCAACCAGACAUCUUUCAGAGACUCUCUAAAGUCCAGCAGUCUGAUCUCUGAGAAGGGGGAGAGAAAGGACUCCCUCCUCACAGUGGAGGUUACAGACCUCAGCAAGCCCCCUGCUUCCCCGGGUAGAGUGAGGGCCAUGGCCAGGAACUUCUCCCGUCAUGGCUGCUUCUACUCUGAUGACGAGCAGGGCAUCUCAGAGGCUCUGCUGGAGAGAGCCAGCUUCUACUCCGACAGCAGUGAGAAGAGAGCCUGUGACUCCCUGAAAAGAAACCAUGCUGGGCACCCAGAGGACAUCUUCGCCAGCCUGGGCAGGAGAGCCAGACUGCUGGAGAGGAACAGGCAUCACCAAGCAGGCUACCAUCCCAUGGGGAGAGAGAGCCAGCUGACCAACGCCAGCACACUGGUCUCACAGAUUGAUACAAGUGAACAAGAGCGGGAUAACCUCAGCAAGUGUCUGCAGUUGGCUAAAGAGAGGGAGGAGAUGGAGAGGGAGCUGGAGAACUAUAUCGCCAGCCAGAGGGCAAGGGAGCAGGAGAAAGGUGGGCCUGAGAAGGCAGCAAACCCUAACAGGGAACUGGGCAGUUCAGGGGCUGAGGAUCCUAUAUGGAAGCCACAAAACAUUACCUUACGUCCCAAAGCUCACCGGGCUUCCGGGCAGACCCAUCAGCUGUCGGACUAUAGGAGGGCCUGCUACUUUGGGAACACCAGCAGCCCAAUGGACCGGCUCCCUUCCUCCUAUAUCCAAUGGGACAUCAGCCCAGUCACAUCCAUCAACAGCCUAAUCCCAGUGCAGAGCCCCUUAGAGAGCACCACACCAAGGUUCCAACAUCCUCACCAAUGUCACGUUGGGCCGGCCAUGGAGGACUCGCUACCUGAGGACUGCUCACGCUCCCCAGUCACUCAAUGCACCUCUCUAUCUCUGCUCUCCCCUACCUCAGAAAGCCCACCUAUUGGUCGAGGAACAGCCAGAGGCAGACCCAGGUCGAGGAGUCCUGACAGAACUGUAGAAAGAGAGCAGGACACGUAUCAUAGAAGGUCUAUGGUUGAGGAAGGCUGGAGGGAAAAGAAGCAGCCAGGGGGAGGUGCCUUAAAACCAAGAUCGUCCUUUGCUUAUGGUACACAGCAUCUGGAGCCAGCAGCUGAAAGUGUCAGAUCUGUUUCAGCAGAUCAAGUAAGGGCCACAAGUCCUGGUCAGCCUUACCCAGACACUGCAUCAUAUAGUCUUUCUGAGAAAACAGAAACAAUAGAUUACCUUAGGGAGAGAGUUUAUCAGAGUCCUUCUAGUUAUUCUACUUUGCCCUAUGAGCUCCACAAAGCAGGGGCCAAAGGGAAAGUAAGAGAUGAUAAGAUUGGGGAUGACCCUCGGAGUUCACUGUUAUACCCUGAGCAGGAGAGAGAGGGUGACAGGACACGCUCCAGAAGGAGUGAUAGGGCUCUUUUUAGUGACAGCCCCAGUCGUAUUUCUCCCUUAACUCUUCUCGAAGAGUGUGAUAGUGACCAGUCCCAGUUCUCUGUUGCCAGAGUCUCAGAGUCUUUCAAGAAUAAGCCGACAAACCAGGCUCCCAAAAUGUCCCCACUGCAGACAAGUGCAAUUCUGGAGUAUUUGAGCCUCCCGGGUUUCAUUGAGAUGAGUGUGGACGACCCUGGGGAUGAAUCUGAACUCACAGACACUACUUGCCAAAGCGUAGAGCCACAGACAGAGACUUCUCUGGAAGGUAAGCCAGACGUGGUUCCAAAAAACUGGGAAGUUCAUGUGCAGGAGAACCUUGAGACAAGUUCAUGCCCCAAAAAAGUUUCUUUUUUAGAAAACAGGCACUCUGUUGGUCCAGCAGCAACUUCAGAAGCAGUUGAAAAGCCAGCCUAUAGAUACUCUCUGCAAGUGGAAGCAAGAGAUUCAAGCCACAAAGCUGGGAUUCCAGACCAGUCAACAAAACAAUCACCUGCUUCAGAACUCACAGGGCAUUAUCGUCACAACCAUGAGCAGUCACAACCACUUAUUAGUCAAAAGACCACAGCCUCAGAGAGACCACUAUCGAGAAUGGGUUUAAGUCCAGCCCAGACGUUGGUUAGUGCAGCUAAAAGCAUGGCAGACGUUGUGUCAAAACACACUGACACUUUUGAAGGUAAACCAGAGUCAGCUUCAGAACAAUCCCAAAGACUUCAUUCUCAGGGCAACAGGACUAAUAAAAUAGCCUCCAAGAUCCAUCAACCCCAUGCACCGUUCAUGAAGAAGUCUCUGAGCAUCGGCCCCUGCAGAACACUCUCAGGCAUGGGACAGCCUCGUCCAUUUCUGAAGAAAUCCAUCAGCUUAGGGUCACAGAAAUGGGAGCAUUUUGAAAGCCCAAGGACUUAUGUCUCAGAGAAAUGUUACUGGGAUGAGUUCCCAAACCCAGACGUCCGGGUCAAGUCCUAUAGUUUAGGACGCACCCCUGCAUCCUCCUUCUCCAGGCCAGGCCCCUCGUGGCGAGAAGGGGUCCCUUUUAGACGGCCAAGUGUAAGCAGCUUGGAAAGGCCUAGGUAUGCUGAAAAAUCAUUGGAGAGGCCUCAGUAUGACAGAUCCUUAGCCAGCUCUUCCUAUACCUACCUCAGCUCCUCCAUGUACCCACCAAGGCAACCCCCAGGCUCUAAUAGACGAGACCUAUCUGAUCCACGUAGACAGGCCACUGCUUAUCCUGAUGCAUCCAGGUCGCCUAUCACAUAUCAGGAUGCCCUGAGGUCUGUACAGCACAGAUAUGUCCCUAUGGAUUCCUCAAUACCCCAGUACCCACCCAGACCAGACCAGUACCCACCCAGACCAGGCAUGAGGGGGGACUACCCCAGACCGAUCGAGUCCAAGAGGGGCCCACCGAGGCCCAAACUGCCCCGGAUGUAUAGCUGGCCCUCACCCUACCAUGGUGGCCCUUUCCCACCCAGAGAUGUAGACAGUUAUAGACAGGCAGAGAGAGGGACAGGUAAGGGGGCAGGAGCUGAGGUAGAGAUGAGAGACAACAGGGAAGGAGGGAGGGCCAGUUAUGCCAGCCAGAGCAGUGGCAGAGGUAGCGUUGGCCUCCUCCGCCAGUCCCUCUCUAUCACUCCCACCCUUCUCAGCUCCCCAGAGACAACUGAGGAUAGUGAGACACAGAGACACAGAGCCAAGAUGGAUCUACGUGAGUGGAGAAAAAAAAGGUGAAACUACCGCACCAAUCCAACAUCACACAGAGAUGUCUUCACAGCCAAAGAAAUUCAGGAUAUUGCAAAUAUGUCAUUGAUAUACUGUUAAAUUAUUGUUAUUGUCCUGUGUAUGUCUGACUUUGACCACUUGUUUUGUGUGUCUGUCAAUAGAAGGAACACAUCAGUAGAUGAGAGUUAUGAGUGGGAUUCCGCUGAUGUCUGUGUGGACUCGGAAGUCCUGGAGGCCAUGAAGCCACAGGCAGGGGUAGGGAAGGGCAGGGGGGAGGGCAGGCAUGAUCGACCCCGUUCCGCGGCUGGCCUCCAGGACCUCCACAGGAAAGGUAAGAGAAUUGUAUGUUAUUAUUCACCACACUGAAUGUAUCAUAUCAUGUGUGAAUUCAUUUGUGCCUUUUGUUGUGGUUGUGGUGAUGUGAGUUGUACCCAUGACUCUCCCAUUCCAUGCUGUUCCUCUCCCCGCCCCUCAGGCCCGCCUCCCACAGUCAGGCCACGAGUUUCCAACCCACCUCGCUGCCAAUACAGCCGCUCCCUAAGUGAGGCGCGCUUCAACGCACUCCGCCUAGAGUAUCAGGAGUACAGGCGUGCUCAGGAAACCUCCUGCACCAGUGAUCCCUGCCUCCCCCCUGACACAGACUCUGACUCCAACUCAGCGCUCCUCUAA